AUGGAAGGUACUCUGCUGACAGCUUUGUCAAUGGAGAAUCAUCACCUUUCAACCCUCUUAUCCAUGGACUCAAGUGCCUCGUCUUCACAUGAAGAACUAGACCUCGAAAUGAAUCGCCAAGUUGUUUUAACCUGUCCGCCUGAUAUCAAUUUACCCCUUUCAGCCGAGAGAAGCCCCCCUCCACAGCCUUGGAACCCUGAACACUGUGAUAUUCUUGCUGUUGGACCAGGCUCCCAGAUGUAUGAGACUGAGAGUUUUCUCAGUAUCCCCAAAGUUGGGAGGAAAUGUGCAAAAAGGAUUGAUAGCAUCUGGGGCGCUUGGUUCUUUUUUAGCUUUUACUUUAAGCCCGUAUUGAAUGAGAAAUCAAAGGCAAAGAUAGUUCGUGACAGUAAUGGGGUUUCCGGGUUUGAUAAAUCUGAUCUCCAGCUCGAUGUUUUCAUGGUUCAGCAUGAUAUGGAAAAUAUGUACAUGUGGGUUUUCAAGGAAAGGCCUGAGAAUGCUCUGGGUAAGAUGCAGCUCCGAAGUUAUAUGAAUGGACAUUCUCGUCAGGGAGAGCGUCCCUUUCCGUUUAGUGUUGAUAAAGGUUUUGUUCGAUCUCAUAGGAUGCAACGUAAGCAUUAUAGGGGACUCUCAAACCCUCAGUGUGUUCACGGCAUUAAGAUGGUCCCGUUACCCAAUCUCACGAGUCUCGAUGAAGAUGACCGGAAAAGAUGGACUGAACUGACAGGGAGGGACCUGAACUUCACUAUUUUACCUGAUGCAAGUGAUUUCAGUUCAUGGAGAAAUCUGCCAAACACUGAGUUUGAACUCGAGAGGCCACCACCUCCAAUAAAGAGUAGUCCACAUUCCCACUCGAAGAAAUUGCUUAGUGGAUCUGUGUUGAAUCUGUCGACUCAGACAUGUAAUCAUAUAAACGGUGACGCAAUGGGUCUAUCACCCGUGAGCAACAAGAGGAAGAAGGAUUUCUUCUCACAAGGUAAUGAUGAUGAUCGCUAUUUGGAAAUAUCCGCUCCUUCCGAACGUAUCCCAGAUUUGCAAAUUCACCCAAAGGGGCCACACUGGCUGAAUGAAUUUAAUGGGGUGCUGAGAAACGUCUAUGGACCUGUUACAGCUGCCAAAACAAUCUACGAGGAUGAAGAAGGUUAUUUGAUUGUAAUCAGCUUGCCUUCUGUUGAUCUUCAGAGGGUGAAAGUUUCAUGGAAGAACGCACUCACACAUGGAAUCAUCAAGGUCUCUUGCAUUAGUACAUCUCGCACACAAUUUAUCAAGAGACACAACAGAACUUUCAAGCUUACAGAUCCAUCAUCAGAACACUGUCCUCCAGGAGAAUUUGUUAGAGAAAUCCCACUUUCGACCCGAAUUCCUGAAGAUGCUAAUAUAGAAGCAUAUUAUGAUGGACCAGGAACAGUGCUCGAGAUAUUGGUGCCAAAACUUCGUGCUGGGCCAGAAGAACAUGAAGUUCGUGUUUGCCUUCGUCCUCACCAUGUGGGUAAUGGUCUUAAGUUGACAUAG